CACGGAUACAAUACAGCAUGUACACACAGUUCGAAAGCAUAUAAAUAUCAGCUCAUGAUACCUACACGAAGUGAUCACAUAAUAGUAAAACAGCAGGAAUAUUCGGAUCUUUGAAUACAAUCCACGCUGCUUACUUACGCACUACUCCCUCCCCAAGCUACAAAUCAAUAUGACUGGAAAAUACCCCCAAGUCCUCUCCUCUCUCACCCCUCGCGAAGCUAUUACGGACGCUAUCUACCGUGCCAUGAUCGGCAUCGACCGCUGCGAUAUUCCGUUGUUCGAUUCCGCUUUUGCUCACGAAGACGUCUCCUUUGAGAUACGCGCUGGCGAUGAGAUAAGAGCCGUCCAGGGACUCUCCAACAUCCGGACUCAGGUCCUCGACCGUGUCGGACAUAUGGAUACCACGCAUAUGCUCAGCAAUAUCCGUGUCGAUGUGAAGGAAGGAGCAGAUACUGCGUCUCUCACUGCGUAUGCGUUGGCGCAGCACUGUCCGCCCGGAAGGGGAAAGGAGCCCGAUGGACCGAAGUAUCUGGCGGGUGGCGAGUAUUGGAUUGAUCUGGUGAGGGAUGAGAGCGAUGGGCUGUGGAAGAUCAAGAAAUGGGUGCUGGAUAUAGUGUGGAGGCAGGGAGAUGCUUCUGUGAUGCAGAGGCCGGCUUGAUGGGAUCCUGGAUUGUACUAUACGGAUGAGCGUUGGA